AUGGCCCAAAUCUGGGGCGAGAAGACUGGCAUAAGCACACCGGGUGAGGCGCCGUCCCCAGACCUAUCAUUACGGCGGCGGCGAUGCGGCCUGCCACGCAUGAACUUCUCCAAGGCUGUCAUCUUGGCGGUGACGACUGUCGUCCUCAUUGCGCUGCUGGUCGGCGGAAGUGUGCAUCAUCAUCUCAAGAUCAAGACGGAGGACAAUGGACAACCCGCCGCAUCAAAUUUUCCCUGGGGAAAUUUCCGUCGCACAAAUGGCUUUUUCAACGGCCUGUCGACCCUCGUGCCGGCUGCGCAACACGUUGCCGACAAUUCGAAGGGCGGCCGCAAAGUCCCGGAAUUGCCAGCACCUAUCAUCAACUCUCAGGAUGAGAUCAUGCCCUCGAUGGAGGCCGAGGUUUACAACCCUUACCCCGAUUACACUUCCGCUGAGUAUCUCGCCAAGCACGAACCGGUCCACACAUGUUAUCUAGAUGAAGACGAAAAGAUCUCAACUCCCGAAAUUUACGCCUACCCCGGUGUCCCGCAAGGGAUGAGCGAAUCGCUCUUCGGCUCCCACAAAGCUCUCGGCCUUCGUGAUGAUGUCUGCUUUGACCGAUACGGUCGAUUGGGCCCUUACGGAUACGGCUACAGCUACAAUGGUACCGAACUGGAGAUCCACAACUUCACCGAGAAAGCGGGAAGCGAGAAGGUUCUCAAGCAGUCCGGAUAUCUGAACUAUUCCCGAAUCGACUGGGGAGUGGCGCAAAAGCGUUGCUACGAGAAGAACAAGGCUCGAUUCGCAGAGGUGCAGCCGAAUGGAAAGCAACGGGUCAAGCGUCACGCGUACAUCCUCCGCGCUUGGUCUGGCUAUGAGUACACCGAGCAUCAGAAGCUCUCGAUCCGCGCCAUGAUCAACGAGCUCAGCUUGAAAUCCGGUGGCGAAUACGACGUGCAUCUCCUUGUCCACAUCAAGGACGAGGGAAUUCCCAUCUGGGCCGACAAGGACAUCUACCGCCGCACUCUUGAGGCCAAUGUGCCACAAGAGUUCUGGAACAUCAGCACACUCUGGUCUGAGCAGCUGAUGAGAACCUACUACCCGGAACCGUACCCCGGCAACUUCGACAACCCCGCCAACCUCCCGGUCCACAGCGUCUACCGUAGCGCCCACUUCGCUCUGCAAUGGUUCAGCCAGCAGCGCCCCGAAUAUGACUUCUACUGGAACUGGGAGAUGGACCUCCGCUUCACCGGUCAUUACUACGAAUUCAACAACCGCAUCGGUGAGUGGGGCCGCGCACAGCCGCGAAAGGGUCUCUGGGAGCGCAACAGCCGGUUCUACAUCCCCUCGCACCACGGCGACUACGCCAACUUCACCGCCCUCGUGGAGGCGGAGAUCCCCGUCGUCGAUGCGCCCAAGGACAUCUUCGAAGUCUUCCGCUCCGGCGCCUCACCGAUCUGGGGUCCCGUCCGCGACUUCCUCCGCGACAACAACACCAUCCUCGACGCGCCGCCCGAGAACACGCCCCCGCACAGCUACGACGAGGACAAGUACACCUGGGGAGUCGGCGAAGACGCCGACCUUCUCACCUUCGACCCCAUCUUCGACCCCACCAAAUCCACCUGGGUCUUCCGCGAGGACGUCAGCGGCUGGAACACCAGCCUCCCCGUGCCGCCGCGCCGCGUCUCCAUCAUCACCGUCUCGCGCCUCUCGCGCGGCCUGCUCAACACCAUGCACCAGGAGACCGCCGCGCUGAAGCACGUCAUGUUCCCGGAGAUGUGGAGCCCGUCCGUCGCCUUCCACUAUGGCUACAAAGCCGCCUACGUGCCGCACCCGGUCUACUUCGACCGCGACUGGCCCUCCCACUACGCCAACAAGAUCUUCAACCCGGACCCCACCCGCAUCGCGGACAACCCUUUCGGUCAGAAGAUCGAACACAACUUCCUCGGCGCGACGUUCUAUUACCAUUCGGGCUUCGCCGGUGCGCUGUGGCGGAGGUGGUUGGGCCAGAGCGAGAAUGGGGAGGGCGGCAGAGUCGCGGAGCAGCAGGGCACCGGGCGCAUGUGUCUUCGGUCGACGCUGCUGCACCCGGUCAAGCACGAGAAUGCGCCUACGGAGGUAUGA